ACUACGAUACAAAAGGAGAUUUGUAGAGAGAGAAGGAUACAAAAGGAGAGGUUUAGAGAGAGAGGGACGGAGUCCCCCCAUCUCUAUUAUUAUUAUUCUCCUGAAGGUUAAAAGGCAGAGUCCCCUCCCUCCUCUGGAGCUUCUCCAGAUCCUACUAAAACCCUAAUUCUGCUUGGUCUGGAGACACCAGAAGAGGAAACAGAUCUAGUUACAAAAAAACGCUUAUUGGUCACAUUAGGAAUGGCAUCUCAGCAAGUUAAUGCGGGACCUGUUCCUCCUGCUCAAGUGGUGGGGAAUGCAUUUGUGCACCAAUAUUAUAACAUCCUUCAUCAAUCACCUGAGCUGGUAUACAGGUUUUAUCAGGAGACUAGUCGGCUUGGUCGACCUGAGGAAAACGGUGUGAUGAGUUCCAUUACCACCAUGCAAGCGAUCAAUGACAAGAUACUUUCACUGGAUUAUGGCAACUCUCGUGCUGAGAUAAAGACCGUGGAUGCACAAGAAUCUUUCAAUUUAGGAGUCCUUGUUCUUGUGACUGGUUAUCUUACUGGGAAAGACAAUGUCAGGAGAAACUUCACUCAGUCUUUCUUCUUAGCCCCUCAAGACAAAGGUUACUUUGUUCUGAAUGAUGUCUUUAGAUAUGUAGAAGAAAAUGGUCAGCUUGAGGGGAAUCCUGGUUUGGUCAACCCCGACAUGGAAUCCACAAUGAGGACCCCACCAGAACAAGUUGAAGUGCAGAAAGUAUCAGAUGAAGCAACUCAUUUGUCAGAAGAAGAUAUAAAUGCAGAGGAAGUGUACAAUCCUUCAGACGAUGAGGAUGGUUCGGUUGUGGAAGGGGAAGCUCCAAUUGAUGAAGUUAUCAAUGAAGUUCGUAUUGAGUCUCCCGCAACUGUUGAUGCUGUGUCAUCUGUUCAGGAAGAAGUUCCAAAGAAAUCAUACGCCUCAAUUGUGAAGGUUAUGAAGGAAAGUCCAUCACAUCUAUCAGUUCCAGUCCCUUCUGCUAGGGCAACACCCUCAAACUCUGAGAGACAAGUGAUUGCGCCUGCACCACCUGCUGUAGCACAGGAGGCACAUGCUCCAAAUACAAAUCCCACUGAAAGUAGUACUCAAGAGGCAGAAGGUGAUGGCCACUCAAUAUAUAUUAAAAGCCUGCCUUUGAAUGCCACAGCUGCUCAACUUGAGGAAGAGUUCAAGAAGUUUGGAGCCAUUAAGAGUGGUGGCAUCCAAGUGAGAAGUAACAAGCAACAGGGAUUUUGUUUUGGCUUUGUGGAAUUCGAGUCAAGCAGUUCCGUGCAAAGUGCAAUUGAGGCCUCCCCCAUAAUGAUUGGUGGUCGUCAAGCUUUUGUUGAGGAGAAGAGGCCUUCUGGUUCUCGAGCUUCUAGAGGCCGAUUUCCUCUAGGAAGGGGUGGCUUCCGAAAUGAGGGACCUCGAGGACGUGGUGGCUAUGGGGGUGGUGGUAGAGGCUACUCUCGAGGUGGUGACUUCAACAGCAAUGGCCCAAGGACCGAGUAUGGUGGAGGAAGGGGAGGAAGGGCUGGUGGCUAUCAGAGGGUGGAGAAUAACAUGGGUAAUGGUGGUGGUGGUGGUGGUGGUGGCAGAUCCAAUCGCCCCAACCCUAAUGCUGGUGGUGGUUUAGGCUCGAACCCUUCAGCCAAGAGUGUGGCCCCUAAGGUGCCGGCAACGGCUUGAGGCGGAUGUGGCCCUCAUGGCUUUACUUGUUACGGGAGGAGAGGCUUGGGUUUGGUUGGUUCUCAAAGCAUCCAUCUUUAGAGUUUGAGCACAAAAUACUUAUCUUCUUAGGGUGUGGGUGGGAUGAGGUUGGGUCAUUCUUGAGCCAUCUACAAGUUUGGGGAGCUUCCGCUUAGAGAGGGUGGUCUCGAAGGGUGAAGAUUUGUUGACGAGAAGCUUCGUUAGCUAUCGGUGCUCUCUUCUGGAGAUUUGUGCGGUGGGGUGAAGCGGGUGAUUAACAUAUAACUGAGUCUUGAGUUGUGGGAUGGUUAAAAGAGUAGAAACUUGGUAAUCUAUGGUAGUCUAUCAUGUUUAGUAUUGUGAGCUCUCUUUUUCUCAGGCAGGAAAUGCUUGGUUUUUUAAGUUUAGGCAAUUCAAUUUUUGUUCUGCUCUCGAGGUUGAGUACUUAGCAUGUUAGAGGGACAAAAGCCUAAUGGCUUACUAUACGGAAAUGUGGCACUUGUUUUUAUUUUUUUAUUUUUUUAUUUUUUUUUGUGUU